UAUUUACCUGCGUUACGGUUGUAUAGCAGGUAAAUGUUGUUUGUUUCGUUAAUGUUCGUAAACCUUGCAGGAAUGCAUAGUCAAUGGGGUUCGAAGCCCUGGGGUUCGAAGCCUCCGUGGAAUGUAAUUACAAGUGCAUUGGUGCAUUGGAGCGCGGAAAGAAUGGAUAACGCGCGGUAAGGAUACGUUGGGUGUAUCAUUCUAGCUUGUUCUCUUCGUUACGACAACACGACAUUAUGGAGCCGUCCGCAGUUGCAAAUUUCGUCGAAAUAAAAAUCAAAGAAAGCCAGACUGGACUCUUAAACGAGCUUGAUAAGCUAAUAUCUUCAAAGCUGGGCAGUUUUCAACAGAAGAUAAACGAAAACCAGCGUGAUCUCAGCGACAUACAAAUAGCUAAAAUAGAGGAAGUAAGCAAGGACGAAUUCAAGUUCCGACGCAGGGGUAACGAGGAACAAUAUAAACUAAAUUCGAAGGUUCUGAGUAAAAUCAAGCAAGCUGAUGUCCUACUGAGUGAAGAACAUGACGGAGCUAAAGGAGAAGCAAGAUCAAAACUAUCUGAAGGUAUGGAGUUAAUUGAGUACAGACAAAAGAUAAUCAAGCUUGCGGACAGUUCUGAAGGAGGAUGGACUACGGUAGACGAAUACGUGAGGAACGACUUGGCCGACGAUUCGGAUGACGAAAAGCGGAUCAUGAGAGCGGAAGCUAGGGCCCAAAGAAAGAAAAAGGCGGGAAAGCUUUUGCAGAAGAAGAGAGUGUCCCGAUUCUCUCCUUAUCGUCCAUAUUUUGGGGCUAAUCAGCAGAACAGCACUUCUUCAGGAUCUGCCUUCGUCGUCAACGCCUCGCCAUUUUCGGCGAAGAAACCCGGGGCAUGUUUCUCGUGCGGCAAACCUGGUCAUUGGAGGGCAGAAUGCAAGGAAGCCGGAUCAAGUUACGCCAGUCCUGUGUCAAGUCAAUAUAACAAGCUAAGUGAUAAUUCUCAUUUAUGUAAUCAGACUAACAGGGAAGAGAGUAUACAUGGGUGUGAUAAUACUGAGAAUGAUGGAUGUAAAAUUUCAUCCCCAGUGGGAAGUUUGAAAAAAGGCAGGGAUUAUUGGAAAGAAAUAGGCGCAAAUUCUGAAAUACUAUCUAUUUUAGAUAAGGGGUAUGUAUUACCUUUCAUGACAUUGCCUGACGAUGCAGAUAUAAGAAAUAAUCGAUCGGCAAUCGAAAACUCAUCUUUUGUGGAGGAAGAAAUCGGAAAGCUAAUAAAAAAAGGGUGUGUAAGUGAGCUGAAAAAGAAACCAAAAGUGGUCAAUCCUCUAACAGUGUCCAAUAACAAGGCAAAAUUAAGAAUGGUUCUUGAUUGUAGGCACGUGAAUCCGCAUCUUUUCAAGCAGAAAUUUAAGUACGAGGACGCCAAGGCUGUUUGUGAUGUUUUCGAAAAGGGGGAUUUUGUUUUUACCUACGAUUUAAAAUCAGCGUAUCACCAUAUCGAAAUACAUGAUGAUCAUAAAGAAUAUCUGGGCUUUGCAUGGAACUUCAACGGGAUUAGACGAUAUUUCGUCUUUAAUGUACUGCCAUUCGGUUUGUCGACCGCGGGUUAUGUAUUCUCAAAGAUAAUGAGGCCAGUAGUAUCUCAUUGGCGAAACCAAGGGCAUAAAGCGAUAAUGUUUCUAGACGAUGGAAUAGCAGGUCUUGAUAGCUUGGAAGGGGCAAAGUCAUUUAGUGUGAAUGUGCAAUUGGACUUAAGAAAAUUAGGUUUCUUGUUGGCAAACGAGAAGUGUGAUUGGGAGCCAAAAUCACGGGCCAAAUGGUUGGGCUUAGACUGGGACUUCAUAGUUUUCAGGUCAGCAUAA